CCUGGAUAUGGUUCCGAUGGAGUUUAUUGAGCUUCGUGUCAGUAUGAUUGAGAUAGCUAUAUAGAAGGGCAGACAUCUCCGAGAUCAAGUGUAAUCAACAGCAACUCCAAAGCAAAAAUCUAACUAUCAGAGUCUCAAUCUCUCUAGUUAUCCUAAUAACAAAAUCAUCUUCACAAUGUCUUUCUUGAGGAACUUCUUUGGUACUUCCGCUACAGCGGUCAAGGAGGAGGAGAAAACUCCUAUCCGUGCUCUGCCCGCUUCCUGGUACACCUCUCAGGCCAUGUACCAACUUGAACGACGAUCUAUCUUCUCCCGCAAGUGGCUUCUCACCACACACAAGGCCCGCGUCCCGAACCUUGGUGACUGGGUUCAGUAUGACGCGGCUGGCUACGAAUUCGUUGUCAUGAAGGAUCACCAAGGAAACAUCAAGGCUUGCCACAGCAGCGACCUCGCCCCCGCUCACACGCACAUUGACAAAAACGGCUUCAUCUGGGUCAACCUGGAUGCUGGCGAGACUCCCGAGGUAGCUUGGAAGGACGACUUCGAGGGAGUCGACGAGCAGCCCCGAUUCCAGCACUACAACUUCGAUGAAUACAACUUCGACCACACAUGGGACAUGGAAGGCGACUUCAACUGGAAGAUCCUCGCCGAUAACUACAAUGAGUGCUACCACUGCCAAGUCGCUCACCCCGAUAUCCCUACGAUCGCCGAUCUCAACUCCUACUAUGUCAAGACCAAAGAUGGCCAUAUCCAGCACUACGGUGCCCAGCGACCCGACCAGAUUGAGAAGGGCUUCCGGAUCGCUACUACCUACUUCUGGCCUAAUGCCUCUUUCAACGUCUCUCCACACUUCUUCUUCAUGCAGCGAUUUACCCCUGUGAGCCCCACCAAGUCGGUCAUGCGCUACGAAGUCUAUCGGCACAAGGACGCUAGCGAUGAGCAGUUCACCAUUAUCAGCGACAUGUACAAGCGAAUCAUGUCUGAAGACAAAUACCUCUGCAUCCACACGCAGAAGAACCUGAACGCUGGUGUCUUUGUCAACGGCCUGCUCCACCCCGAGAUGGAGCUGGGUCCUCUCCACUUCCAGAAGACCGUUCGCGAGGUCGUCACAGAACACAGCAAGAAGGAAGACGCCGCUGGCCACGAGAUCUGGCCCGCUCAGCGGAAUCUUCCCCAGGAUUCUACCGUCCCUCAAGACACCUUCGCUUUCCCCACACCAGUAGACAGCUACACCGAGAGGGACGACUUGAAAGACAGCCUCAAUGCCAAUCUUGCCACGGCAAUCGCUGUCUAGGGGGCUGGUGGCGCCCGGAAAAGGGAAAGAAAUCCAUUCGUAAUAGAAUUUGCCAUUGCAUUACUUUUGGGCAUUGAAUUUAAUGAUGAUGAUUUAGAAUUUAGCACCUUGUUUUAGCAGUAUUUAGCCAUGUCAGAAUGAAU